AUGAGUUUCGAUAAACUAAUGCUAAAUCGGCCGAAUUAUACUGCAAAAAAAUUAUUAUAACCAUUAUUUGAAUCACCCAGACCUGAGAACUUGAUUUAAACUCCUAUAAUGAAUAGUACAGAAAAUAAAGAUAGACCAUAAAAUUAUAUGGAAACUUAAAGAAAGACUUUUCAUCAAAAAAAUGAUUCUAAUAAAUCUUAAUCUAUUAGCAUAAAAAAAUAAAGAGUUUAAGAAGCCUAUAAUUCAUUAUCAGAUUUUAAUGAUAAAAAAUAAAUAAUUGCAUCUCUUAAAACUUUGAAUUCUGCUGAUGAGAGGUUGAACUUUUGUAAUAAAUUAGAAUUCAAUUAAUUGAUAAAAUUUUAGAGAGAAAAGAUGAAAUGAUGGUAGCAUAAUUAAAAUUAAAAGCAGUUAAAUUAGAACCUAUUUUCAAUGUAAUUAGAAGGAAGUUGCGAAAAUAGCGUUUAGGAAGUGCUACUCCUGAUUAAUCAAAAAAAGGAACAAUAAUUCUGAGAUAAAAAACAUCAGAUGAUUUACCAAAAACAAUGCCUGAUUAAACAAGAGAUAGUCGAGAUAAAUAAGAUCAUAGUUUAAAUCAAUAAGAAACAAUGAUAGAAGAUUAAAUAAUUGAAAAAAUAUAAACUAAAUUUACUGCAGGUGUAGCAUUUUCUUGGCUUACAAAUAGACAUGAUACUAAGUAAAGUAAAUAUAUUAAUAUAUUUAUUUUAGUUUAGUUAGACCCUGAUCCUACAGAACGAUAAUAUUUGAGAAGAUCAACAGCAUUGUAAUAUGGAAAAAAUACUAUGAACAGACUUAAAUAAUAAGUAUCAAAAAAAGUAAGUGAAAAUUCAGAUGAAUUAAUAAAGAUAGGAAAUUUUAAAUUAGAACCUAAAAAAGAAAAAUAUGAUCUAAAUAAAAUCAAAGCAAAAGUUGAUUCAGGCUUAUGUAAACCUUAAUAGGCUUCCUAACCUAAAAUUAAUAUUAUUAAACGAUAAGACACUUUAGGAUAUAUCACAUCUGAAAGAAAAGAAAUUUCUGCUCUUGCAGAAAUCUAAGCAUUGAAAAGUGAUAGUAAAAUAAGAUUCUAAAAACUUUGA